AAGUUUUUUUUUUUAAAGUAGGUCUAACUUUUCCAUAUGUCUGGUCAUCAUCCUGCUCCUCCUAAGAAGUGUAAUUCCAUGGAUGGAGGAUGGAUCCCUAGCUUGAUGACACAUGAACUUGGAAUAGACAGUGGAUCACAUGUUCGGAAAAAAUUCAAGAGGCAGAGAGAAGAAUUUGCAGAAGAUAUCUUAGCUAACCAGCAUUGGCUAAAGAUCUCUAAAUGCAUGUUACCUGGGAAUCCCAUGUCUACCUUUGUGAUGGCAUUCAGCCCCAGUGGGCAUAUUGUUGCUUCCACUCACAAGAAUCACAUGAUAUAUGUGACUGAGAUAGCGACCCGCAAAUGCAUCCAUGAGCUAAGAGGUCAUGAAAGAUCCCCUUGGUCUUUGGCUUUUCAUCCCAAGAUGGAGAACAUGCUUGCCUCAGGGUGUCUUGCUGGAUCUGUGCGAAUUUGGGAUCUGAAGAGUGAGGAAUGCCAAGUGGUGACACCCGGGAAUGGAAGUACAGGUGUAGCUUCCCUUGCAUUUCACCCCAGUGACCCUCUCCUCCUGUAUGCUAUUGGGAAUCAUAUUGUUUUUUGGGACUGGAAGAGUGGUACUGAACUUGUGAGGCUACAGACUGCAUGUGAACGUGAUAAAAUCAAGUAUGUGAAGCUGGAUCCAACUGGCAAGCACCUGAUCACAGGGAUUGCAAACUCGAAUUCAAUGUUUUGCCGUGACCGUGGUACUACAGGCUCCCAGCACUUAGGAGUUUGGGUCCGGCAGGAUCUGAGUGGGCCUAUGAUGGGACUCAUACAUCGGGAUGCUAUGACUCUUGCUCAGGAAAUAGGACUGGAACAGGCCAGGACCUUCGCUGAUCUCAUUACUCGUGAUCAGAUGAGCCUGAUGACAACAACUGGGCAAGAUCCUUUAGACGAAUAUAUGGCGGCGCUCUUCCAAAGCAGUGGUCAGGGGAUAUCCUCACUGGCCACCAAUGGCACCACUCCCCAAACCCCUCAAACACCAUCCAGCAUCCCUGAAAUCACACUCUCAGUCUAUCCUUCCAUGUGGACAGACUUUUCCAACAACCUGGACGAGUUCACUAGGGAUGGAGACUCUGCUCUUCUCAGUCGAGACUUGGGCUUGGAACUGUGCAACGCAGUGGAAUUGAUGGGUGGGGAACUGGACUCAAGUUUCUUCUCCACUGAGGAUGCUCUAAGGGAGACUGUCCUGUCAAUGACCCAUGGAGGCCUGACCGAGAUGGACCUGCGGACGCUGAACGAGAACAUCGUGACCGACCCAGCCACCGAGGACCACUUUCGACUCGACCGCACUCUCUUGUGAUCCUCGGUCCCCAACACAAUGCCGGUGUUAUCCCUGUUGUCCUUUGUGAUAUGCCGAGGAACCACCACAUCCUCUUCGAUGGGCAUUAAUGGACGUUAAGUUCAAGCUCAUUCCACUCCUACAAAAUCAAGUGGCAUCAAGCAUCACCCGGUGACCUGCCGCUGUCAAAGGUGACCCAAAGUGCAAUAACGGGUGAGGAGAUCGUGCUUCUCCCUCCGACUUGCUUGUUGUUGCAUCAGAUCAGAGUUUUGACUAUUGAUCAGUAUCAUUAUCCCUUGUUGGCAUUCAUGUGAUCAGCGUGUGCUAGUCAGCGUGAAAGUAGAGGCCAGUAUGAAUCCAGUUUGGUGAGCUUGUACAGAAUCAAAUUUGAGCUCAGUAUGUGCUGAAGAUAUUGAAGUCAUUGGAGUGUUCAAUUCAGUUCAGGUUUUGUGGGCAUUGGUUUGGGUACUUCAUAUUUGCAAACUGUGGGUGGUGAUUCUUUUCAUGUUAAUUAGGAAAGGUAUGGUAAUUUCUUUGAGUUCAAAAUGAGGUAGUGCACAAGGUAACAGAAAUGCUCUAUGCUAAUUAAUCAUGAAUGGAAAUUGUGUCCAUUUUCACGCUUCACAAAUUGUUGUGCAAGUAGAAAGUUUGAAAAAAUGAUAUAAUUGGAGCUCACAUGCAAAGAAUCAGAGUUCGUAUUUGCUCGUGUUUGAUCUCUUGAAGGCAAUUGAGUGUGCUGGUCUUCACCUUUUAGUGUUGGAUUUGUGCAGGCCUCUACUCAAAAAAGAACGUAUGAUGAUGUUUCUCCAUAUCUGGACAUUAUUUUGAGAAGAAAUGUCAAACGUUUCACGUAAAGAAUGCAUUCAAUGGGGAUAUCUUUCGUCCUGAAAUCUGCACAAAUUUUGUCAUGCCUGCAUCUGCCCUUCCCUCUUUACUCAUUGUCUCAACCUUGUUCUAGCCAGUCAUUUGAUCUCUGUUUCCCAGGAAAAUAGGAAAAAUAUAUAUAUAUCCCCCGAGAGUGCCUUUUUGAGUUUCUGGAAAUUUUGAACAAAUUGUACCUGCUUGGUCCUGGUGAGUUGGAACAAUUACCAUGUGUCUCAUUUCCCCCAUGCAUGCUAAAUAUGGGACAGGAUUUUGCAUGGUUUUCCUACAACUUUUGCAAUACAAUUCAGUCCCCUUCAGUUACCAUGUGUGUGAGAGAGUCUGAUUUUUUUUCCAUGUGAUAUUGCAUAAACGAUUUGUUGAUGUCUCGCACGAGUGGAACGGUAGUGAUCUCUCGAUCUUGUUCUUACUCUCCCUCUUUCUUCUCAUCACAAAUUCGCGUCUUUUUCCAAAGACGUUCGUCCGUGUAGGGAGUUAUGUUCCUCCCAGUUGUUGAGUGUGUCUGGACACCCCCGGUCACUUCCGGCCGACGUUUUUCGCUCUCCCCAUGUUCCCACUAUGAUGAUCAUGAUUGGCAUGAGUUUUGUCUUGUUAUUCCUGAAUCCUGUAUUCAGUGGAAAUUUUCCCUCUUUUUUCUGGACAAUUCUGAAGUACAAUAAAUUUAUGAUUGUGUCUUCGUUACA